UAUAGUUAACACCUUUCUAAGAAUUCCGUCUCUUUUCAUGGUCAACUAAGCCAUGAGAUCAUCAAAUUUAAUCUUGAAAAUUGUAAAAAUAAUGUCUGGUCUAUCUUCGAUAAUCAAACUUAAAUGAUUAAGAUAUGUGGUAAUCUCAGGCCACUUUCGGUUGAAUUUAAAUGUAAUAAAUAUGUUAGGAAAUCCAUUAUACCUACAUAUGCCCAUUGCAUCAAGGUAUUGAGUAUGCAUAUAAUGUGGUCCUCAGGUAAAACUUGAUGGAAUAUAAAUUCUCGUACCUUGAUCAUUUAGAGUUUCGACAUCAGCCGCAAAGGCUUUUUAAUAUUUUCAUAGUUAUUGCAACGAAGCUUUUUCUGACUGAACAAACGUAACGUAAACGAUUUGAUUCAAGCAUUGUGUAUCCAACGAUAAGAAACUUUUAAAAUAACCUUCUUGAUCUGAUUAUAGUUCGCGAUUCACAAUACCUCUCCAGAAUUUUAUACGUAAAGAAAACUCUUGCAUUGUGAUAGACUUACGUUUUCUACCGGUUGUGUUUUGAAGACCAAUCGGUAUGUCAAGAGGAAAACUAUCUCCACCAUAAGGGAACAAUAUAGGACAUUGAAGAGGAAAAUAGGUUAGUUUUUCGCUAAUUCUAUGAUAUCUACAUGUGUUUAGCUCGAGAAUAAUAUCUCGUUUCUCUAUAUUCAUGAUAAAGUCUCCAGGAGUAAGUGCUGCAACCUGAUCAGCUGUAGGCAGAUUGUGUGUUCUUCCUUAUGGAGCUCUUCAAUCAAUCAACCUUAGCUUAAAAUUUUCACCUCACUCGACAUCAAAUAUGUCGCUAGAUUGUCUGAAAGCCUUAACAUGGGAUUCUGAUCGUCCAAAAGUUUCUUCAAAAUUCAAACAAUAUCGUCUUUCAGACUUGAUACGUCGGCUCCAGUACCCUGAAAAGUAAUAAUGGUAAGUUUAAUAUUGUAACAUAUAUUAUGAUUAAAAUAUAUUUCUAAUCAUGAAUACCACACUGAACACAUUACCCUUAAGCAUUGAUACUGUUUGAAAUUUCGUUAAUAUUAUCAUAUUUGUAGAGUUGCAGAAACUUGGAUUUCACCAUUUUCUGUAACAUGUCACCCAUUAGGUGAUAAUUUUCACCACUUAUUUUAAAAACAUAUGGAUAUCGACCAUUGUUAAUCGUAUGGUCUAUUCUCCCCCACAGUGAUGUGAAUGAAAACAUCAUGUUAUAUGCUCGAAUAAACUAAAGGAAGUGUUUAGUCAAAGCAUCCAUUUUGCAUAAAUAAUGUACCAAUUCCAGAGGAGGAUUUCGAAAAGCUGGGAUAACUAUCUUUCCCCUGUUACAACACAUAGUAAAUGUCGGUUUAGAUUACUUUCUUGGUUUCCUAUUCUUUCACGUACCACAUAUGAUAUUUACAAAAAGCACAAUCAUAUGUAGGAUAACCAUCAUCUGGAUAACCUAUAACAUUUAUAAGAAAACAUUAAUAUAAGAGAAGAUCAUUUGACAGCAUAUAAUAGAAUAAUGGGUUGACGAGCUAUUUUCCCACGAGAAGUAUCGCAUAGCACUAUAUGUCUCCCAAACUAUAACCCCGUGCUAUUGCCCCCCGAAAUAAAAGUUUGAAUCCUAUUUCUCCACAAAACUAUGAAACCGUGCUAUAUCCCCCCCGAAAUAAAAGUUCAAGAGCUAAAAUUCCAUAAAAUUAAUUUGUGCGGUUAAAUGCUUCUUAAACUUAACCAGAGAGAAAGGUAAUCCAGCUUUGAACCAAUUAAUGACUCGAUUAGGGUCUGUUUUAUCACUUAAACCUAACAUUAGUAAACCAAACCCCAGAAAAUCCAUUAACCCAUUACCCAGACCCGAAAAGUAACACCAAAUCGAAAUUAGGGUUAGAAAUCCCCAAAAUCAUAAGUCUCACUUACAGAGAAACAAAGACGACGACAAAAAGAAAAAGAGAAUCAAAGACGAAAUCGAAGUUGGUAGAAAAAGGAGAGAUUGAAGUAGCUGAGAUAAGAUCGAAGCUUGUCAAUGGUGUUACUCCUUACUCCCCAUGAGGAUGACGAUUUCGAUGAAGAAGCUGUAGAUAGAGAUGAAUACGAAAUCGAAGAUUUGAUUAGAGACUUCGUUGACGAGCCUUCAAUAUGCCAUGAUCAAUGUCCAGAGAGUGAUCACGAGGAAGAGAAAGGCUUGAAAAAGAAGCCAAGUGCUGAGAUUAUGCGCCAUAUCAAACGAGGUGAUGGAAUGUUGUACAAGAAGCAGACUUUCUUCAAUGGAGUGGCUUUUAAGGAGUGUGUUCUCAACUAUGCACUCAGGACAGGCCAAAAUAUCAAGCAAUACAGGUAUGACAAGGAUAAAAUUGGUUUUAAGUGUGCUGGUGGCAAUGAGAGUGAAGGCUGCGAAUGGCAAAUCUAUGCGUCUGUUCUUCCUAGUGAUAAUGUGUGGAAAGUGAGGGUGUUUGUUGAUAAGCAUUCAUGUGUGCCUAAUGGAGAGUGUUCUAUGCUUAAGGUUCCACAAAUCACUAGGUUGUUUGCUGAUAAAAUCAGAGAAGAGCCUGAUUAUUUUAUUCCCAUGAAAAUUGAAGAAAUAAUUCAGGAGAAAUGGGGAAUCACUGUCUCGAGGCCUCAAUGUCAAGCAGCUAGGAAUAAGGCAGUGAGAUGGACUGAAUGUGAGUAUGAUCAUCAGUUUUCUCGUCUUCGAGAUUACGCAGCCGAGUUGAUUGAAUCAAACAAAGAAUCAACUGUGGAGAUUGAUACUCUGAAGAAUAAGAAAGGAGAAGAAGAGUUUAAUAGGAUGUACAUUUGUUUUGAAAAUGUAAGAAGAACAUGGAAAGAGUCUUGUAGACCACUGAUUGGAGUUGAUGGGUGCUUUGUUAAGCACAAGAUCAAAGGACAGCUAUUGGUUGCAUUAGGAAGAGAUGCCGACAAUGCAAUUUAUCCAGUGGCUUGGGGUGUUGUUCAAGUUGAAAAUACAGAUAAUUGGCUAUGGUUUGUAAGGAUGGUGAAGAAGAACUUGGAACUGGAGGAUGGCGAUGGUUUCAUUCUUGUAUCCGAUCGUCAAAAGGUAAAACAUGGUCGCUUUAAACAUGGUUAUGAUAUGUAUGUCUGACGAUUGAUUAGUGUUUUUUUGUAUGGAUUGAUUAGUGCUGUCCAACAAGAGCAUCCCAAGAUAGAGCAUAGGAUGUGUGUUAGGCACAUAUAUGGGAAUUUGAAGAAAAACCAUGGGAGUAAAAAGGACAUGAAACCAUUUAUAUGGAGUUUAGCGUAGAGUUACAAUGAAGAUGAAUAUCAACAAAGGUUGGAUAGGAUUCGGUGUUAAGAUAUCGGAGUCUAUGAGGAUGUUGUGAAGACAAAUCCAAAGUCGUGGUGUAGAGCUUUCUACAAGAUGGGGCCUUACUGUGAAGAUGUGGAUAACAACUCAACUGAGUCUUUUAACAGUACUAUAACGAAGGCAAGGGAGAAACCAUUUGUAUCUAUGCUAGAGACGAUAAGGAGACUAGCUAUGGUGCGGAUUGCAAAGAGAUCUGCAACAUCUCGUGGUCACAAAGGUAAGCUUCUGAUUUAAAGCUUCUGUUUUCUUUUUUUUUUUGGUUUUGGCCUACUUUUUAAGCUUUUGACUUUAUAUGUUCUUGUUUUUAAGCUUCUGAUUUUUUUUUGGGGUUUUGGUCUGGUUUUUAAGCUACUACUUAUGUGUUUUGAUUAUAUUUUUUUCAGGUAUUUGUACACCUUAUGUGACAGAAUUUCUUGAAGCCGAGAAAAAGAAAGCUGAUAAGUGUACAGUGACAAGAAGCAGUAAUGGCAUGUAUGAGGUAAAGUUGGGUAGCUGUACAUACCGUGUAAGCUUGGAGAGAAGAACUUGUACUUGUAUGAAGUUUGAGAUCUGCGGCAUCCCGUGUGAGCAUUCAUAUGCCGUGAUGUUGAAGAAGAAGCUUGCGCCUGAAGAUUUUGUGUGUCAGUGGUUCCGGAUAGCUACGUGGAGAAAGAACUAUGAAGAAGGACUUGUCCCUGUGAGAGGUGCUCCAUUUUGUCCUGCAACAGGAGCUCCUGAUGUUCAUAUUCCGCCUGAUCCAGACCAACCAGGGAAAAAAAACAACUAAGGCUGAUAAAAAAGGAAGAAGGGUGUUAACGAGUCUCCAACCAAGAAGCAACCAAAGCAUAAGAAGCGGAUUAUCAUUGUGGAAUCUGUGGUGAAGCUGAUCAUAACUCAAGGUUUCAUAUGAAAAAGCAGGUUCCACUCUAGGGGCUUCUCAAGCUUCUUCUCAAGGGGUUUCUCAAAGUGCUUCUCAAGGUGCUUCUCAAGCUGCUUCUGGAGGUGGUUGAUGGUUGGUCUUUGUUUUAUAUUAUCUAUGGUGUUAUAUCUAGGAACGUUUGUCUCAACUUUUGUGGAUUUAUGUUAUCUAGACUUGUUUAUGUUAUCUUUUGUCGGCUUUUGUGUUCUCCGGUUAUGGUAUUUACUCUUUUUAUGUGGCAAGUUAUGAAUCUUUGAAUCUUUUGGCGGUUGUUAUGUUUAUGUUUUCUUUGUCUA